AUGUCAACCACUUUUUGUUUUGAAGAAGAGAGAGAAAAAAUUGAAACUCUAUUUAGAUUUACCCCAGACCCAGUAACAGAAAACAAAAAGUUAAAAGAAGAAGUCAUGACCCUUCAAGAAGUAGCCAACCAAAAUUUCGAGAUUGCUAAUAUCAAUUAUGGAGUAUGUAUGACGUAUGAUGAAAAGAUCAAAGAGUUAACUGAGUCCAUCCAAAUUUUGGAAAAGGAAAAUAAAGAAAUAAAAGACAAGUGUACCAAAGAAGAAGAAAUAAAAGAAGGGCUUGACCAAGAGAUAACAAAACUAAACAAUGAAAUUGCCCAGUUACGAGAAAAAGUUCUUUUCUUAAAUGAUGAAAAAGAGAAACUUUAUGCAGAAAAUUCUACUUUAAAAACAGUGAAUAAAGACCAAGGAGUAGAACUACAAGAUCAAAUCAGUGGCUUACAGAAAAGUGAUGAAGAAAAAGACACAUCAAUACAACAACAAAACGAACCAAAACAAGAAGGGUUAACAGAAAUAAAUGAAAAUAGACCAAAUGAAACCAAAAAAUUAGAAAAACGAAUAAAUGAGAAAAAAACUGAGGAAGCUAUGAAAAUUAUAGAAAGACUUGGUGGUAUUAAAGCACUUACUAAAAAAACAAACACGGACCCAAAUAGUAUGCACUGGACUCAUAACCCACAAGAGGAUGACCUUUUUGAAGUAAUUACUUUUUGUAACGACAAAACUUGUUCUUUCGUUGUGGUUUAUAACUUACAAGCAGAGAUGAAUGGAGAAGAAGUACAACCGUAUUGUCAGACAACUGAAAGUAAUUUUUCUGUGUUUUAUUUACCACCAGGAAUUUAUGAGAUAUGUGCGUAUAAUGAUCAGUCAUUAGAAAAUAUUGGCUAUUCGAAAGCAGUAAUUAAUUAA